AUGCUACGAUUAGCAAAGCGGGUAAAAACGGAAAGAUUCCAAUCCUAUCGAUACUUGAUCUCCGCUAAGACCAUGAGAGAAGUGCACCCAAUCAAGUUGAAUGACACGGAAACACAGAUUCGGGACGUGCUCGUUGAUUUUUGUCAACACUACAACCUGAACCAUACCCCUCCUCUUGAACUUCGGAUCACUGGUGGCUGGGUGAGGGACAAACUAUUGGGCAACGAAAGUCACGACAUUGACAUAGCAAUUGAUCAUAUGACAGGGGAGGACUUCGCUACGCAGCUCCAUUCUUGGUUAUCAUCGCACCGCCCGGAGCUUUCUUUGAAAGCUAUACACACCAUAAAGAAAAAUCCGGAGAAGUCAAAACAUUUGGAAACCUGUACAACUAAAUUGUUUGGUUGUGACAUUGAUUUUGUCAACUUGAGACUGGAGUCGUACGGUGAGAAUCUGAGGGUACCGAUAAUCAAGUUUGGUUCCGCUGAAGAAGAUGCAUUGAGACGAGAUGCGACAUUAAAUGCGUUGUUUUACAACUUAAACCAAGACAAGAUUGAAGACUUUACAGGACGUGGACUUGAUGACUUAAAGCAGGGAAUUUUGCGGACGCCUUUGUCCCCCAAGCAAACCUUUUUGGACGAUCCUCUUCGCGUGUUGCGUCUCAUCAGAUUUGCUUGUCGUUUUAAGUUUGAGAUUGAUGCCGAAACAUUAGAAGCUAUGCUGGAACCAGAAAUCAAAGAGGCACUCAAGUCCAAAAUUAGCCGCGAACGAGUGGGAAUAGAAUUGGAGAAAAUUUUGGAGGGAGAUUAUCCCGAGUAUGGUCUUCAGCUUAUCAAUUAUUUGGGUCUUGCUAAAUCUAUAUUCAAUGCUGGUGAUCAACAACCACUUUUACAACAACUUAAUGAAGUCCAAGACAUCAAUAAGUUAAAUUCGGGUUUUGAUAAACUUGGUCACCAAAUUAACCUUGCUACAGCUGUUUAUUCAAAGUACAGGUUACUCAAAGGGUCAUCUAACUUAUUUUCUAGUCUUCGUGACCAACGGUUAUUUUGGCUUGCUGUAAUUUUAGCCCCUUUUGGUGACUUGAAGCUUCGAAUGAACCCGAAGAAGGAUAUGAAGGUUAGUGGUGUUCAAAUAUUAUUACGUGAAGGUGUGAAAUUUGGUAACAAGGAAAACGAUAUUGUGGCUACUCUUGUUACGAAUCAUGUUAAUUGUUCGAAAGAGCUCGAAUCUUAUUUGGGAGAAGUUGAUCAAGUCUCUGAUAACUUGAAUGCAACAAGUCUUGAGGAUGUCAAACCGAUGACCACGUCAUUAUCUCGUUCCCAGAUCGGGUUUUAUCUUCGAAAGUUUGGUUCUAACGCUCAAUUGAAUUUGGAAUUAAAUUGCUUCCUUGAGAUUCUCGAUCGCCUUGCUGAAUGUAAAAUUGAAACCGCAAAACCUGAUCCCAAUGAGGCUACUAGAAUAGAACCAGAAGACACCGUGGAGAGCAUAAUCGCUUUGACAAUUUUGAGAUAUAAUCGAUUACGUGAAACCAUCAAGAAACUCAAUUUGUCAAAUGUCGAUACUCUCAAACCCAUUGUUGAUGGUAAAUUGAUGAUCCAAAUUGUCAAGGGAAUGGGCCCUGAGUACUCAAAGGUAAAAGGUGGACAAUGGAUGUCAGGGUUUCUUGAGGAUGUAUUAAAGUGGCAACUUGAUCAUCCAGAUGGUACAGCAUCCGAGGCCACGGAUUGGAUCAAGCAAGAGAUUCCAAAGCGAAACAUUAUUUAG